GUACCACCCAUUUUCCCAGCCACUUGCGGUCGACUUACCGCCUGCCAAUCACACUUCAGCUCAAGGUACGAGAACCUGUAGUUAGAGCCAACCGGACAAGAUUAAAAAAAAAUAUCUCUCUCUCUCUCUCUCUCUCUCUCUCUCUCUAUCUCUCUAUCUAUCUAUCUAUAUAUAUAUCUAUAUAUAUAUAUAUAUAGAUAUAUAGAUAUAUACACACACACACACACACACCUCCAAAACAAAAAGGUGCUGCUAACAAGUUGAGAGAGAGAAAGAAAAUAAAUCCCUCGAGGAAGUAGCGACCGCACAAACAAGUUGAGAAAGAAAAAAAUACAUCCCUUGAGGAAGUAGCUACCACACGUAAGAUAACGGAGUUAUUUGGUGGUCGUUGGAGUUCGGCUACCGGCCACUCAGGAGUCCGUUGCCAGCACAAGCCGCGGUGAGCCCGGCCUCAACAGCUGCAUGUCGACAAACACGAAAGGAACAGUGAUAUAAUUGGCAGAGAUACACCUCUCGAGGUUCCCGGCGGCGGCCCGAGACUUGAGAUGGAUGGAGGGGAUUUGCAUGAAGUGGAAGGAGAGGGAGAGAGAUGAGGGUCUAUGGAUGAGGUAGAGGUGUGGGGUGGAAAUGGCGUACAGUAGAUCAAAAGAAUUGCCCAGGUUUCUUUCAGAGCAACUCUGUAUUAAAUAUAAAAGAUACUGUACUAGGAGGAAAUUAACAUCCACGGCUGCCAUCUUGCCCUUAAAGCACUGCGCAAAUCAUAUCAACUACAUCAUUGUAAGAUGUAACAAAUGCACAUGAAUCCACAAUUUAAUUACUGCACUCUAUUAUUUACAAAACAGAUUUGAGAAACAUCCUCACUGUUUUGUUGCAGAUUAUUAGAAACAUUAAUAAACGUUACAUUUGCAAUUUAAUCCCUGUUCCAUAUUAAAUAUACUUUAGUCCUACAAUGAUUUUUAGACUAACUUUAUUUUCAGCUCAAGUUUGUGUUCAGAAUUCGCACUUAAAUCACAGCUCUGUAUUAAAUAUAAAUUCAUACAAAAAAGAAAGAAAUGCCAGGAGAACAGACCAACACAAUGAGCACACUCACACAUAGGCUGCUGUCAGCCACAGCUCACGCCCAGACACUCACACACAGACUCGUCAAAGCGUGAGCCAACCGGUCAGCGUCCUUCCAGCUUUUCAUUCUAUGCAGGUGGGUCAGGAACGUAUCCCCCGUGAUGAACGAGGCUUCACUGUAUUGUGAUAGCUUGCUAUUAAUACACAAAUAUGAAAUUUAACACUAGUCUUUAUGAAAUAAUCAUAAAAAGCACAUUGGCUAAUCGUCACCAUCCUGGACCGCACUGCCUGAAGCGUCGAUGAUGCCUUACAAAAGACUUGCUCAGAUAAGAACGCACUUUCCCAUUCACCACUUUCCUCGGCCCCUCCCUUCACCCACAACUCACCCAGCCAGCCCUUCUCCCUAUCCUCCCACCCUGCCUGCCUCCACCAUUCCCAGCAUCUGCACAGCGAGCAUUUCUUGCUCACGUUGCUGCAAGCUAACUGGGUUGCAUCUACUCCCUCAACAGCAGCGGGUAGGAAGCGGACGUUGUUUUUCAAGCCACCGCAGCCGCCAUGGAGGAUAUGCUCACCUGCUGCAGCCAGGGGGCCACAUUCUCUCAGGUGUUCGGGCGCCAGGGGCAGCUGAUGCAAGCCACCGUCCAGUCGCUCAACAGCCUCAACGACCAGAUCGCUCAGUUCAUGGUGAGCCGGCCGAGGAUCCUGAGCCAUGAUGAGCGCGACUUCCUGACUGGGGAGCAGGACCCCUUGACCAAGUCCAUGACCCUCAUGAGACACCUGCUCAUGGACGCGCAGGGGAAAAUCCUCAAAAUGAUGGAGGACAACAAGCAGCUGGGCCGCCACAUCGACGGGGCCAUCCGCUCGGCCGGCCAGGAAGUCAGCAACCUGCGCUCGGAGCUGACGGCCACCAACUGCAGGCUGGCUGGCCUAGGAGCCGGCAGCCCCGCCGCCUUGGAGAACCACCACCACCGGCAGCACAAGCACCACGCUGACAGCCUCCGCUACCGGGAUCCAGCCGUGCAUCACAGGCAGAAGACGGUGGUGACGGACAUGUGCUACCCAGCAGAGAUUUCCAGCCUGAUGGACUUUGGCUCUCCCGACUGCUCGCUGGGCAAAGUGUUGUUGCACGAGGAGGUGGCCCAGCUUCAGGAGGAGGUGCACCUUCUGCGGCAAAUGAAGGACAUGCUGGGCAAAGACCUGCAGGAGGAGUCGCAGGGAGGAGGCACCGCGGGCCUGCUCUCCGCAGCUGAGCUCCACGUACAGCUGGGCGACAAGGAGCAGGAGCUGGACCGUGCCAAGGAGGCCUUGCAAGCCAUGAAAGCCGACCGUAAACGUCUAAAAGGGGAAAAGGGCGACUUGGUGAGUCAAAUGCAACAGCUGUACACGACGCUGGAGAGCCGAGAGGACCAGCUCCGAGAAUUCAUACGCAACUACGACCAGCACCGAAAGGAGAGCGAGGAUGCAGUGAGGUUGCUGGCCAAGGAGAAGGACGUGCUGGAAAGGGAGAAGUGGGACCUGCGGCGACAGACCAAAGAGGCCACGGAGCAGGCCAACAUCCUGCGCUCUCAGCUGGACAUGAAGGAGAACAGGAUCAAGGAGCUGGAGGCCGAGCUCACCAUGGCCAAGCAGUCUCUGGCCACACUGACUAAAGACGUCCCCAAGCGCCACUCGUUAGCCUCCACCAACAACGCCGGCGGCGCCGAGCCCGUGGUGAACGGCAGUCAGGAGUGGGUGAUGCAGGCCGAUCUGCCGCUGACCGCCGCUAUCCGGCAGAGCCAGCAGACCCUCUACCACGGACACAACGCCGACAGACAAGCUGUGGUCAGGGUCAGCCCCUGCCACUCGCGCCAGCCGUCCGUCAUCUCUGACGCUUCGGCCGCCGACGGGGACCGCUCGUCCACGCCCAGCGACAUCAACUCCCCCCGCCACCGGACGCACUCCCUCUGCAAUUCCAUGGAGGACCUGGAGGAGCAGAAGCGUAAGAAGAAGAAGGAGAAGAUGACGCUGGGCUCGCUGUCGCGCGUCUUCGCCCGAGGGAAACAGCGCAAGUCUCUGGACCCGGGCCUGUUUGAUGACUGCGAAGGCCUCAUGUCCGACAAUGAGGAGCAGCUGGACCGCCUCCAGCAGGCGGCGCUCACCCGGACCACGUGCAUGUCUCUGUGGAGGGCGGGCGCUGUCCAGGCCUGGCUGGAGGUGGUCAUGGGAAUGCCCAUGUACACGCGGGCCUGCUCUGAAAACGUCAAGAGUGGCAAGGUUCUUCUCGGCCUGACUGAUGAGGAUUUAGAGAUGGGACUCGGCAUUAGCAACCCAAUUCAUCGCAGGAAACUAAGACUAGCCAUCGAGGACUACAGGAGAGCCGAACGAGACCAAGGUUUAUCCAAAUCGUCCGACAUGGACCAUCACUGGGUGUCGACUUCGUGGCUGAGCGACGUGGGUCUGCCUCAGUACUCGCAGACCUUCCACGGUCACCUGGUGGACGGCCGGGUGCUAAGUUCUCUCGGCCGCCGAGAUCUGGAGAGAUACCUGGACGUCAGCGACCGCUCCCACCAGACCAGUCUGUUGCUGUCCGUGCAGCUCCUGCAGGUGCUGGGCUUCCGUAAGGAGGCCUUGCAGGCACGAAGGGCAAAAUGUGAGCAGCAAGACCGGGACCCCAUCGUUUGGACCUGUCACCGAGUAAGGAAGUGGAUCAGGGACAUUGACCUCAAGGAGUUUGCCGACAAUCUUCAGGGUAAAGGCGUCAACGGUGCCGUGCUGAUUCUUGACCCGGCUUUCGACGCGGACGCCAUGGCAAGAGCGCUGGAGAUCCCCGUCAACAAACACAUGCUCCAUCGGCAUCUGCGUGAGGAGAUGAAAGCGCUCACCGCCGCUAGCAGCAACGUGGAGCAGGAAUGCGAGGUGGUCCUUUCUUCUACGCCGGUGGCCGUCCACCGCUUUGGUGAGGGGAGGGUGCCGAUGAGGAGAUCCAGCAAGAGUCCGCUGAGGUUCCGCGCAGCGAGCCGCCCGGCAGAAGCUCGUGUUCAGUCGGGGCCUCGGACCUCACGCGGUCCCGUGCACGCCCGCAAGAGCGUCGAGAUCACCAAUGUGUGAACAGCACCUGUGUUUACAUGGAUGUAACAUUGUUUACUACACAGAAAAAGAACACUUCACUGGACUGAUCUGCAAAGCUUUUACCUCGUCAAAAAGGGAUCGAUUGGGAAAAAUGACUUUUUAAUGUCCUGUAUACAAAUGUAAUAACUCAGCCAUCAAAUGUGAAAUUAAACAACCAAGUAAAUCUUUUGUUUUCAGCUUCUGAUUUUUUUCUGGAUUGUUAUGUAGCAGUGGGGCUGGUUUGCACAAUAACCACCAACUUUCUUCGCCCCUGACAAGAUCCUGAGCCGCUUUCAAGUGACUACAAUGGUUGAAACGCUAUCAUGCAGAAACCGCAACAUCGCCACUGCUUUCAUGUCAAAGA